UCCAGCCACCCGCCCCAGAUCCGGAAGAUGGCGGUGCAAAUGGAGCGCGGUGUUCCCUUAAGUGCGCUCUGCCCCAAGUUUCUGCAUACCAACUCUACCAGCCACACCUGGCCCUUCAGCGCCAUUGCUGAACUCAUAGAUAAUGCCUAUGACCCAGAUGUCAGCGCUAAACAGUUCUGGAUUGAUAAGACUGUGAUCAAAGGACAAGAUUGCCUGACCUUCAUGGACAAUGGAAAUGGGCUGACCUAUGAAGCAAUGCUCAAGAUGCUCAGCUUUGGAUACAGUGACAAGAUUGCUGUGAAUGGUCUAGAGCCUAUUGGUAUCUACGGCAAUGGUUUCAAGUCUGGAUCCAUGCGCCUUGGACAAGAUGCCAUUGUGUUCUCCAAAUCGGAGAAGGCCUCUUGUGUUGGGAUGCUCUCCCAGUCCUACCUGAAGGAGAUUGGUGCUGAGCAGAUCAUUGUACCUAUAGUCAGCUUCGAACUGACAGGGCAAGACAAGAUCCAUGUGAGAGAGGAACACAAAGCCAGUCUGAAGGACAUCCUAAGCUAUUCCCCAUUCAAAACAAAAGCGGAACUUCUUACUGAGAUUGGGGCCGUCAACUCCACCUGCUCCACAGGGACCACCGGGACACGAAUCAUCAUCUGGAAUCUCCGCAAGACAUCCACUGGAUUGACAGAGUUUGAUUUUGUGAAGGACCGUUAUGACAUCCAAAUUCCAUCUGAAGUCUACGAGGCAAUAAAUGAUAAAUCCCAACCAGAAAGGACCGCAUCAUCCAUCCCUGAGAGUGAAUACUCAUUGCGAGCAUACUGCAGUAUUCUGUAUCUGAAGCCUCGGAUGCAGAUCAUCAUACGUGGUCAGAAGGUGAAGACUCAGCUCAUCUCUAAGAGUCUUGCCUACAUUGCAAAGGACUACUACAGGCCCACAUUUGUUACCAAACGAAUACCUAUCACGUUUGGGUACAACACCAAGAGCAAAGACCAGUAUGGUAUUAUGAUGUAUCACAAAAAUCGUCUAAUUAAAGCCUAUGAACGUGUGGGCUGCCAGCUCAAGGCAAACAUCUCAGGACUCGGGGUCAUUGGGGUCAUAGAGUGUAACUUCCUGGAUCCUACGCACAACAAACAGAAUUUUGACAACACUGAUAAAUACAGGAAAACCAUCACCAGCUUGGGGAUCAAGCUGGAGGAGUACUGGAAAGAAAUCCGCUUCAAGAGAAAUAAAGAGGAUCCAAACAGCAUACCAGUGGAAGAUACCAUGAAGCGACCAGAUCAAAACUGGGUGCAGUGUGAUGAAUGUUUGCGUUGGCGCAAACUCCCUGAUGGGAUCGACUGCAGUUUACUGCCAGAAAAAUGGUUUUGCCACAUGAAUCCUGAUCCUCAGUUCAGGAGUUGCGUGGUAGACGAGGAGCCUGAGGACUCUGAUGAUGACCGGCCUUCAUACCGGAAGACCUACAAACAGCAAGAAAGGGAGGAAAAACUGAAACAAGAGAGGAAAAGAAAAAGGACUGAGGAGGAUAUAGCUAAUCUUGCCAGACAAAAUGAGGAUCUUCGAAAGGAGCACGAAGCUCUGAAACGGAAGUUGAAUGAAAAGACUGUCAGCCCUCUUGCCUCUCCUCGCAAUACACCAAGGAGCAGUCUACGGGGGGGUGCUGCUAGGGCUGAAUCCUCUUCCAUCGUGUUGUCAACCCUCUCUCAAGCUGCUUGCAGCCCCUCUAGCAGCAGCAGUCUUCCAAAAAUUUCUAAUGUAUGUUCUCUGUCAACACCACCAAGGAUUAAAAUAAUAUCAGCUGAGACUCUAAAAAGACCCAGAAUAAAUGGGUUCCAAAGGAGCACCUCAGAGACACCUUCAUCAUUGGAGGCAAGCCCAAUAAGCUCUAUGUCACCUGUUAUCCCUCUUGAUGAUGAUGAUGAUGAUGAUGGUAAUGCCACCGAUGAUGAUGAUGUUGUCAUCUUGGAGACAGCCAGCACCCCCGUGCCAAAGAAAACAGGCUUUGACUUAAGAAAGGUGAAGACAGAGCGACAGCAGAGUGAUCCCAGUGUUGGCAUGCUGAUGGAGUGCAGUGACGAUGCUGCUGUGGAUGUAUCUCCAGAAUCGAAUGCUGGGGGAACUAGCUCCACAGAGAUGGCAGCUGUGGGGACCGGGCCUUCUGCACCGCCUCCUCCAGAGCAGGCCAGCACCACCACCCAGACAGAAGUACCCAAAGUUAAGGAGGAAGAUGAGGAAGAAAGAGGAAAACAAAGAGAGGAUGAAAUCAAAACAGAAGUGGAGGAGAGAGCAGUGCAGAGCACAGCUGAAGUAAAUGGAAUCGAGCAAGGUUCAGAUGUGGACACUAGUGGGUGCAACAUUGAGCAGAACGUGAUCAAGAAAGAGAGUGCUGGAGAUGAUCAAGCAAAAAAGCCCUUGCACAAUGGAGUAGCAGUGUCAUGCUGUUUGAACAAUGCGGAGGCUGUAGGACCUUCCUCUGCAGAUCCCCUGCAGAACAACUCUAGUAUAAAUGAGAUACAGGAACAGCAAGACAAGCUCCUGGAGCUCAUGGAGACUGCAGCUCAGGAGAGAGACGACUACAAGCAGCAGUUCCAUGAACUUACAAACCAGUUACAUGAUAUGCAGAUGAGACUUCAGGAAUUGUCUCAAGCCAAUAUCAAGAAAGAAUGUGCUCACCAAGGCAGCCAGACAGAGAGUGCAGGGGAGGGACAGGAUUACAAAAAUCUGUAUGAGCAGGCCAAACAUAAAGUCGAUGAACUGAGCAGGGAGAAAGAGGUUUUACUGGCAGCUGGUCAGGCCUGUGCCGGUACUUCACAGGGUGAGGAGAGGAUCAGUGAUGAGCUAGUGCUGCAAAUUGACUCUCUGAUCCGGGAACUGGACAAAAGCAACAAGGAGAGGGAUGCCCUACGCUCACAGGUGGUGUGUCUGGAGGAAGAAAAGGCAAAGCUUUCCUCCCAAUGUGAAGAGCUGAAGCUAAGUCUGCAGCAGCAGAGGGCACAUACAGAGCAAAGCUCCUCACCUUCCUGCAGAGAAAAUCCUUCCAGGGUAGAAACGCAGCCAGAAGAGGCAGGAGGGACGGGUGACUCUGGCACAGCAUCUGGCUCAGAAAUGAGGAGAAGCUUGGUGGGGCUGCGGCAGAAUGUUGGACGCCUUCUCACCUCUUUUGUUCCUGCUCUGGACCCGGAUCAAGUAAAUUAUGACUGCAAUGUAAUUGAUGAAAUCCUUGAACAGGUUCUCACCGAUGUAGAGUCCCUUCAGGUGAAUAAUUUGAGAGAACGAGCAGGAAAUGACUGAACGAAUGACGCAUCCUGGAUUUAGCAUCACUGAAAGGAAGAGUUCACCAAAAAUGAGAAAUCUGUCAUUAUCCUGAAGCAAUGUGUAAGUUGGUGAGCACUGUUGACAAACUAAUACUAACUAAUACUUGGGUACUACAUCCCCUGAAGAUAAAUGAUCACAUUCUGAGUGGGAAAGCCCACGCUAACAUGCACCUAGGCCCUACAUGUCUACAUAGAGUGUUUCAGUAGAGGGUUGAUGCUCAAGGCUUGGAGGCACGAGUGUGAACCGGUCUGCUACCAAAGGCUACAGUAAGAUUUGCACUAAAUAACAGUGUAAAUAUCAGACUCUGCUACUCAGGAUGCAAUCAUUCGGUUAAUGGAUGAUCUUAAAUCUGCUGAACAAGCUGUAUUGAGUAAUGUGUUGUUAUAUUUUGUCAUUUUUUUAAACAAACAAAAAUAAAAGUACCCUUUGACUGUAGUUGUUUUGGGGAAGGCUGCUAGGAGUUGUGUUAGCUACCCCCCCUGUCUGUUGUAUAAGGAACAACAAUUAAUCUGUGUCUGAGGUGGCACUGGAUGAAAUGGUCAUUUAACUGCCAUGCUCUAUCUUUAUAUUGUCUCUUUAUUUCUUUAUAAUAUUUGAUACAGAUUUUAAAAGCAUGAGAAUCCUAACUCGCUGCAUUUACUUGAAAAUUUGUAUAUAUUUCUUUUUGAUUUUUACUGUAUUUUAUAUUGACAUUAAAUGCAACUACCCAUGAACUGCUUUGCAUUAAGACUGUUGUCAGACACAUUUUCCAACAGAUUUGAUUCCUAAUGCUGGGCAAAAAUAGUAUUUUCAUGGUGUCUCCCCUUCAAACUGAAGGUCAUCUGUUACCUGGGGGAAAAAAAAAAAAAAAAAAAAAACAUUGUGAAACCACACUUCAACAAAAACUCAGUAUAAAUCGUAGUAGCAUAGUGUAUAUAAAUGUCAACAUGCAGGAAUGUAAUACACAUAUGGUUGCCUGGCAGAAAGAUUGUACCAACACAUUUAUCAGUUUGGAGAUUUUUGUGUUCCACUGGCAUAACUAACAGUGUACUCUUUUACUCUUUUUGAUUUUUCUCUUCCAAAUGUUUGAGGUGUUUUGAAAAGGAACUGAAAACUAUUUUAAGCCAGCUUUUGCACUGCUAACUUGUCAAAUUUAAUUAAUUUGUCAAAUAUAUAUUUUUCAUUCCUAA